CAAAAAGACUGUUGACCUACCCCUGCUAUCAGAGUGACACAGCAGGUGUUCCUGCCUUACCUCCGGAAAGUUUUUAUGAAUUGUUGUGCAAGAUCCGCAAAUUCCAUGGGGAAGUAGGCCACAGGUUAAUGGAAUAAUUGUAAUAAUUUUAGGUCUGAGUCUUUUUAAGGGAUCUGGAACGUUUUCUCACAUUCUUCAGGCCUUAAUCUUAGUUCCAAUCUAGGGGAAAUUCCUGGACUGUUUUUUAGGGAAGGAGGAGAAAAGACAAACAAAAGUGGGUGGGGAAAGAUUGCUCAGAACUGGGUACAUAAUUACCGCCAGUCUCUAAUGGGAGCUGAGAGAAAGAAAGAGGAAAAAAAAAAAAAAAAAAAAAAACUUUGCCUUUACUUCUCAGAGACCAGGUAAAGCCAGAGAGUGAGUUGCUUGCAAGGCGUGGGGGAAAUCCUCCCAUGCUAGCUCCUCCUUCCCCACACAGUCCCGCGAGCUUAGCUGUGAUUGCCUCCCUCCUGUUUUUUUGUUUCGAGCAAAGUAGCCAAAGUAGCUGCUACCAAUGUGUACUUUAGGAGAGAAGCAAGUACUGGUCUUGCUGCAGCUAUUAUUCCUUUGGACCACUCAGGCUCUGGCUCAAGCUCCAACUCCUUUUAUCUUCCCCCUGAAAGUCUCUCCAAUAAAGCUAAAUGGAAAUUUGCCUCGGCCACCCCCAGUAACUGUAUCGCGAGCAGCACCAUUUAGGAAUGACUCCGGGGGACGUCCGCGGCAUGUGGAUGCUCAGGGGUUGGCUUUAGCGCUAGACCCAGCUAGGGGAUUGGUCAACUUCUUACCCAUGAUAGAUAAUUUGCGAGGAGAUGCUGGCCUGGGCUACUAUCUGGAGAUGCUUAUUGGGACCCCGCCACAGAAGCUCCAGAUUCUCAUUGAUACUGGAAGCAGUAACUUUGCUGUGGCAGGUGUCCCUGGUCCACAUACAACUUCAUACUUUGACAUUGAAAAGUCUAAUACAUAUCGGUCCAAAAAUCUGAAUAUCAAUGUUAAAUAUACUCAAGGAAGCUGGACAGGAUCAGUUGGUGAAGAUGUGGUUACUAUUCCUAAGGGAUUCAAUAAUACCUUUCUUGUUAACAUUGCUGUCAUUUUUGAAUCAGAAGAUUUUUUUUUACCAAAGACUAAAUGGAAUGGAAUACUUGGACUUGCCUAUGCCACAUUAGCCAAGCCAUCAAGUUCAUUGGAGACAUUCUUUGAUUCCCUUGUGAAGCAAGCAAAGAUCUCCAACAUUUUUUCCAUACAGAUGUGUGGUGCAGGACUUCCAAGGGAUGGUACCAAUGGAGGUAGUCUUGUCAUGGGAGGAAUUGAACCAAGUUUAUAUAAAGGUGAUAUAUGGUAUACAACAAUUAAAAGGGAAUGGUAUUACCAAAUUGAAAUCCUGAAAUUGGAAAUCGGAGGACAAAACCUCAAUUUGGAUUGCAGAGAGUACAAUGUAGAUAAAGCCAUCGUGGAUAGUGGCACUACUCUGUUGCAUCUUCCUCCGAAAGUUUUUGAUGCUGUGAUUAAAGCAAUUUCCCAAACAUCUUUGGUUUCAAAAUUUUCUGACGAAUUUUGGACUGGUUCUCAACUUGCAUGCUGGAAAUAUGAAACACCUUGGUCAUAUUUUCCCAAUAUUUCCAUAUACCUUAGAGAUCAGAACUCCAGCAAAUCAUUCCGUAUCACUAUUCUACCUCAGCUUUAUAUUCUUCCUGUUUGGGGAAUUGACUCAAAUUAUGAAUGUUACCGGUUUGGCAUCUCAUCUUCUGCUAAUUCUCUCGUAAUUGGUGCUACAGUCAUGGAAGGUUUCUAUGUUGUGUUUGAUAGAGCUCAGAAGAGAAUAGGAUUUGCACUGAGUUCUUGUGCAAAAGUUGAUGGUGUUCCAGUGUCUGAGAUUUCAGGACCUUUCUCAACAGAUGACAUAGCAAGCAGCUGCACCUCUUCUUCAACUUCAAAUGAACCCCUUUUGUGGAUUGUUUCAUAUGCACUUAUGACUUUGUGUGGACUUAUCUUCCUUGCAUUAAUCAUAUUGUUAUUUGCAUUCUGUUCUCUGAAUAGCUCCCGAGAUCGUAAUUUAGUAAAUGAUGAAUCACAUCUAGUCCAAUAUCGCUGGAAAUGACUAUCCUGAUCCAGAGCCAAGGGAUUUGAGGGUCUACCACCAACAGUUUAAGUGAAAAACGCAACAAGGACUUCAAGCCAGGGUUUUCUCCUAUAUAUGUUAUAGAAUCAAAUCAUUUUUCUUGCUGUAUAUCAUUCAGAUUCCCAUGUUCCAAAUUCCUAUGUCUUAUGCCUUAAUUGUAAAUCUUCCAGUUCUCAAAGGGGGAAAAGCUGUCCUAAACCAAAAUAUUAUAAUUGAGUUUCAGGCUUUAUGCUGCCAUGAAAAUAGCAGUUCUGAACUAUUAAUUAUUCCUACCAUAAUAACUCUAAACCAGUCAUCAUUAAAGACAUUUAUAUUCACUCACAUAAAUAACCCUCUUUAUUUUAUCUGCUUUAGUUGAGUUAUUUCCCCCUUCAUAAGCCAUCAGAACCAUAGUAAACAAACCUAUUUAGAUUUCACCUUAAUGAGUGAAUUAAAUUUCGCACUUUUCAAUGGAUAGCAGAUAUUUAUGACUAGAUUUCAGUGGACUUCUUCCAGCCUUCAAAACCGUGGAAGCAUUUCUUCCUCAGAUACACAGCUUAUAUUUGAGGCUUAUUCCUUAUUAUUUCAGAGGUAUUAUAUUAGUUUAGCUUAAAAUACAAAAACCCACUCAUUUUCAGGAUAUUCAGUUUCUAGGCAAUAGGAAUUAGAUCAAAAUUCCUUUUUUAUUUUUUAUAUGUGACACUGCUCUGAAGUAAGUAGGAAUUAGGAAAAUUUGUGAUUGCUAUUUAUUCAGUCCUUAGAUAUGGAGCUGAUGGCAUUAUGAAAUGAUUCAAUUGUUAUUUGAAUCAAUGCUUUUUAACAUUUCCCCUUGCUUUUCUCAUCAUGUUAUUUUAUGUCUAGUUAUUAUUAUUAGCUGAGAGACUGUGUAAUCACUUGAUCCCAUGCAAAAUUCCAUGUUGAUAUUAAUUUCUUCUGGCUAGUGAUUCUUUUGCAACUAUGAUUCCCAUCAGCAUACUUUCAAUAUGCCAAGCAAUUUCUUAUUGACUUGAAUGUUAUUUUUUCAUUUUAUGUGUGUUUUCACUUAUGUAACACAUUCAUAUGUGUGUCUGAAAGUCAUUUCUGGCCUCCUCAUACUGAUAUAGAUGAGCAACUUUUACAACUUUUAGCUAGGUUUAACUUAAAAGGCCUGACUUGCUCAGGAUGUCAAUCAGCUAUUUUCGACCAAAGGCAAGACUUGAUCUUUAAGACUAAAGCAAGCUCUCUGUUCUCUAGAAGACCCUGCACACUUCACAUACACAUGAUAGUAUAUGUGACCACACAGUAGAGUUAUCUUUACCCAGAAGUUACACUAAAAGUACACAAUCAUUAACUCUAACCUCUAGAAGCAAAUAAACAACAACUAUUUUUAAAGCACCUAACGUGCUGGGCAUUUCCCUAGAUAAAUAGAAAUUCAAGAGCAAAAAUGAAACAAUCUUGCUCACAAAUAGUUCAGUGAACACUGGAAAGAGUAAGUUUAUGCUAACUUUAAUGUAGUCUGGCCACCCAAUCUUUAAGCUACCUCGUUAUUUUUCCCAUAAUGUAAUGUUUGUUUGUUUUUUCUUUUUGGAAAGACUGCUGCAAAGUAGAGAUCUGACUUUGAAGUCAGAAAGACACUAAUUCUGGGCCUAAGGCACAUCCCUUAAACCUCUUAAUGGCCCCAAUUAUUUUUCUGAGAUUAUAUACAUUGAAGAAGAGUUGCCAAUCACCACUGUUAAAAGGAAUUUUCCUCACAAAUAGUCCCUAACUAAUUAAAUACCACCCUAGAUCAAAAAAUAAAAAGGAAAAAGAAUUUUAAUUAUUUGGAGAUGAGAUUGAGAAUAUGGAAGUUGAAAAUGCCCAUAGAGAAGCCUUUGAGAGAAGAAUUUUAAGAACUAUUGUGCAACCCAAUGACCCAUCACUUUAAUCAUAAUCCAUGACCAGAAAUAAUAUUUGAGGAAGCCAGUGCCUUUUUGUCAUAAAUGAUAAUACUUACCACUUUUAGCUUUUAUUACUCAAUUUUUGAGCUUUUUAAAUAGGAUAUUAGACUCAAAAUUUAGAAAGUGUCCUUUCUUCUUUCGUAUUGAAAGAUAUAUGCCUUUGAAAUUAAAAAAAGCCAUGACCUAA